GUGUGUGUGUGUGUGUGUGAGUGUGUGUGUGUGUGUGUGUUUCAGACAUGAUAUCGGAGGGAAUGUACUCGUCUCUCUUCAUGACAGCGUUUACAGCAAACUCGGACCGAACUCUGUCUCUCUGCUGGGAGCAGCACUGUAAGUUACUGCCUGGCGUCGCAGGAAUUCAUGCAGGUCAAGUAUCUACCUGGACUAUAGAGGAGGUCUUUGGAUUUGUCAAUAAUCUUAUUGGUUGUGAGGAGCAGGCCCGAAUUUUCAAAGAUGAAAUGAUUGAUGGAGAGGCGUUCCUCCUUCUGACUCAAAAUGAUAUUGUGAAGAUCAUGAAUAUAAAGUUAGGACCAGCGCUGAAGAUUCACAACGCCAUCUUAAUGUUGAAAAGCACAGAUGAAGGCCUGAAGUGAGCAGCUCAUCCUCAGACUCCUCGUGCCGCACCGUCCAUUCAGAAUCUGCCAUCGAUCCCAUGUUUGGUGUUUACCGUCUGAACCCACCAGAGAGAGAGAGAAGUCCAGGAAAUAUCAAUGACAGAGCAGCCCAGCUGAGCUUCGACCUUGCUUUAUUUCAAAAGCGAAAUGGCACGUUCUGAUAAAGAACAACUUGAUCUGAAAGCACGUUUUUUGUAUCUGGAGGGCUAACUGAAAUCUACAUUAGUCCUCAGCAUGUAGUGGUGAAAUCGGUGCGCAGAAAUAUCAGGGCAGAUUUCAGUCGAUUGGUGCUAGCUACUGUGCCCUUUAUUCAAUCCCUGAUGAUUUUAUGCACUUUACAUGAAGAGCCUCUGUCCUUUAGACAGUCCGCUUUCUGAGCCAACUCUGACGAUUGCUUGGGGACCAUUAACAAUAUCUGCCCUCAAACAAAGUGCUGACAUUGUGGUGUUGAAUGAGAUUAUAGUUUUAAAUGAGCUAUUUUACCGAGAUAGUUUGGAUCGUCAUAUCAGUGUUGUUAUUUUUCAGUUGUAUGAAUGGAAACCCAGAGGGGUAAAUAGUAGUAAGUUAAGCGAGGUCAGGUGUUUAGGUGAUCUAUGUGUCUCUCUCUGAUGGGAAAAUUUUAAUAAUGUACAGUUGAGUAACUGUGUCGUUCAGUUCAUCAACAUGAAUAAAUGUUUAAGUACUGUAGUCUGGCUUCUGCUUGUGUUUAGUGGAGUUCGACAAACCCCUGAAUAUGUAAACUUGUGUAAAGAGAGAGCUUGAUGAGGAUUUCUAAGCGACUAGAUUCACAAUUUUCAUC